CCCCUUUUCAUUAUCUCACAGUUCACCCUAAACCCAAACCGCCCGUCCUUUUUUCUCUCACAACCGCAAAGCCAAACACCAAGAUCUACACAGCCAUGGACAACGUAUCAUCUUUGGAGUGCCUGAAAUUCGAUUCCCAGUCGGAGGUGCUCUAUAAGGACGGCGGCGGAAAGGACCUUUUAUCGCCAACUAUGGUCCCCAUCAACUUCGAUACGCCAAUAACCGCCAUGGACGACGGCCUUGCGUCUCCCCCUAUGCAAAUCCACCGGCCAAAGCCAAUCAGUAGCAAGGUUGAAAUACCAAAGGAUGGAAAGCUAACGUAUGAAGAAUGUCUAACUUUUUCUUCUUUCCUCUGGGGCCCUCCUAUUCCUCCUGGUGAAUGUAAGUUUUGUUUGAAGGUGGGUGAACAUUAUUGGUCAAAUUGCCCAUAUAUGGUUAGCGUCCCAAAGAACGCAAAAGUUGGUAGUAAUUGUGAUGUAAUAUGUAAGGUUUGUGGACUCUUCUUUAAAAAAGAGUCAUGUUGUGGUAAAGAUGAAGGGCGUGCGAUUCCCAAGGUUGAUAGGUUCGCGAAACAUGUUUCUUUUGAUGAUGGAGUUCGGUUCUGAGAGCUAUUAUCGCAAGUGAAUUGCAAUUUGCAACACAUGAUCUAUUCUAUUUAUGCAUCUUAAAGAUGUCUUUCCUUUAGAUUUAUUUUUUAAUAGAAAGCAAGCACAAUGUCGUUGAUAGUGACCUUUGGGUUUAAAGGCAAAACAAACUUCAAUAUUUGUCAAAUACUUACAAUAAGGCAGUGCCAUCAUACGCAUUAUUCCA